ACAAAUAAUUAAAUAUCCCACCAGCCAUAGCACCUUCUGCAAACCCACCGCGUUCCCAGGCGCGCCGGCGGAGGAGAGGCCUCGCCGCCGGAACAGCACCCCCCCAACACACACACACUCCGCUCUCCCGCGCGUGUAACAUCAGACCGUGGAGGGAUCCCGGGAGGCCCUCGCGCGUCCGCCCCCGAACCCCGACCUCGUCGGAGACCGCAGCGAUGUCGGCCGCGGCGGGGACGCCAGCGGAAGGAGGAGGGGAUCGACCGUGGCAGUCUUACCACACGGCGUACACCAACGCCAAAGCUGGAAUGGAGGGAGUUGACAAAGAGAAGGUGCAGAAGGUAAUCUAUGAAAUGAGCAAGGGUUCAAAGUAUUUUGAAAAUGAGCAGAGGAAGGAGGCAUUGACCAAACAAAAGAUUGAACAUCUCCAUGCACAGUGUGCGACAUUGACUGAUAAUGACAUAUCACAUUUUCAGAAGGUUGCUGAAAAGAAAAUGUUGGAGUUAGAGGCUUCACGGGAUCUUUCAAAGAUAUGGCUUCACACUGACAUGGAUGCCUUUUAUGCUGCUGUUGAGACAUUGGAGGAUCCAUCCUUGAAGGGAAAACCGUUGGCGGUUGGUAGCAUGUCUAUGAUAGCUACUGCCAGUUAUGAGGCACGAAAGUUUGGUGUUCGUGCAGCAAUGCCUGGUUUUAUUGGAUGUAAACUAUGUCCUGGCCUGGUUUUUGUCAGACCAAACUUUGAGAGAUACACUCACUAUAGUGAGCUGACAAGAAAAGUUUUCCAGAGAUAUGAUCCCAACUUCAUCGCAACAAGUCUAGAUGAAGCAUAUCUCAACAUAACAAAUGUCUGCAUUGAGAGAGGCAUUACAGGAGAGGAGGUUGCUACUGAGCUUAGGGCUGCCAUUCACCAGGAAACUGGCCUAACAUGUAGUGCAGGGGUUGCCCCAAACCGCAUGAUUGCAAAGGUUUGUUCUGAUAUUAACAAGCCCAAUGGACAAUUUAUUUUGCCAAAUGAUCGAGAAGCUGUAUUGACAUUUGUAUCUACAUUGCCUAUAAGAAAGAUAGGUGGCAUAGGUAAGGUGACAGAACAGAUGUUACGUCAGGUUCUUGGAAUCAAUACAUGUCAGGAGAUGCUGCAAAAGGCUGCUUUCUUAUGUGCUCUUUUUUCUGAAUGCUCAGCUGAUUUCUUUCUUUCGGUUGGUCUUGGAUUAGGAGGUACAGAAACUCCAGAGCAAAGGCAAAGGAAAAGUAUCAGUUGUGAGCGAACUUUCACAGCAACAAAGGAUUCUUCUUUGCUUUUCGAGAAAUUAGCUAACCUUGCUGAAAACUUAACGGAUGAUUUGCAAAAGGAGGGUUUGAAAGGAAAGACACUAACACUCAAACUAAAGACUGCAGAUUUUGAGGUUCGAACGAGAGCAGUAACUACACGAGGCUAUCUCAACUCCAAGGAAGACAUCCUGAUCUAUGCUACUAAGUUGCUUAAGGCUGAAAUGCCUCUUUCUUUGAGAUUGAUGGGUUUGCGGAUGUCUCAGCUUCAUGAUGAGAAGGAUGAUUCAUCUACUUCAACACAAAAGACGCUAGAUAUUUUUUUUCGCUCAUCAAACAGUAACUUAAAUGUCAAUGGAGCAAAUGGUCUGAGUAUCACUAACAUCUCAGGGCAGGAUAAUGGUCCUAUUAGUGUGACAACCAAGGAUGAGUACUUGGUACCUGACACUGGAACUGGUGCGUCCACAGAUCAACAGGAUUUCUUUGUCCAUGAUGAGAGCAUUUUCAUCCCAGAACAAAGGAAUUUGGUCAAUUACAAUAAUGAGGCUGUCUUAAGCAAUCCGGUUAUCGGUGAUGGCUUAGGUGGAGCAAAGAUAGAUGAUGUCACUCCCAGUGCAAAGGUUAUGAAUGCUGAGAAGCUUGAUGAUGUUGACCAGUUGAUCAGUCACGAAGCUACAGCUUCAUCAAGUAAACCUGGUCAGCAGUUAUGGAUUGAUGGUUACAUUUGCUCCAUUUGUGGGUUUGAACUACCUCCAGGAUUUGAGGAGGAGAGGCAAGAACAUUCAGAUUUUCACUUGGCUGAAUCGCUACAGCAGGAAGAAACGGCUGAUAGUAAAAGACCCAUUUGCAGCGGAAGGCUGGCUGAAAAACCAUGCUCUACAACUGCACCCACACCCAAGAAAAAGCUGAAGUCUUCCAAAGAAGGAAAGCAUAUUCCAAUUGAUGCCUUUUUUGCAAAGUGUAAUAAGAGCUUAAACCAAAAGCGUGUACCUGUCAGUACACGUGGUCGGGAGAGCUCAGCUCGCAGACAUAGCCCGGCGAGCAGGAGCGAGCUCUCCCAACUCAGAGGCCGGGACCGGGAGGGGAAGGUGGUACUGAUGCACGGCGGCGUCCACGCUCGGCCGGGGGCCCUCCCCCGAAUUCCCUUCCUCCCCGGCGCCGCACCAGCUCCCUCCUCCCCCGGCCGCCGGCCGGGGCUAGGGGCAGCGCUGCGCCGGUCCAAGACCAAGAGCCGCCUCCGCUUCGGGGGCCCCGCCGCCGGGGACCUCUGCAAGCGAGCCCACCGUGAGAAGCUACGUGUUGCUGUCCUUGUGUCGAAACCCACACUGCAAAGUGAACAUGCAUGUUGCCAAAAACACAUCUACUCAGGUGUUUCACUUCAGAAUGGGUAUUCUGUUCUUGAAGGUGCUAAAGCUGCUGGGUUUCAGAUCUCUGCCGAUGAACUGGCAUCAAUCGUUGAAAGUCGUGACAGUGAAAAGUUGGCCGUGCAUGGUCAAUUGGAUGGAAUUGCAGGAAAGUUGGCAACAUCGUUGACUGAUGGGAUUAAUACAGCUGAGUACAGCCUAAAUCAAAGGCAGGACAUAUAUGGAGUGAACAAGUUCACAGAGAGUGAGGCCCGCAGCUUAUGGGAGUUUGUGUGGGAAGCACUGCAAGAUACCACUCUUAUAAUUCUUAUAGCAUGUGCUCUCAUAUCUUUUGUUGUUGGCAUUGCCACGGAAGGAUGGCCAAAAGGUGCCUAUGAUGGCAUUGGAAUUUUUACAAGUAUCCUCCUGGUUGUUUCUGUUACUGCGACAAGUAACUAUCAGCAGUCUUUGCAAUUCAGGGAUCUGGACAAGGAGAAAAGGAAAAUUUUUGUUCAAGUUACAAGAAACAGUCUCAGACAAAGGAUGUUGAUAGACGAUCUUCUUCCUGGUGAUGUUGUCCACCUAGCAGUCGGAGAUCAGGUUCCUGCAGAUGGCCUCUUUAUAUCUGGGUAUUCAGUAUUGAUCAAUGAGUCCAGUCUAACUGGGGAGAGUGAACCUGUUGUUGUAAAUGAAGAUAACCCUUUUCUUCUGUCAGGGACCAAAGUUCUAGAUGGUUCAUGCAAAAUGCUGGUUACUGCAGUAGGGAUGCGAACACAGUGGGGUAAACUAAUGGCUGCCAUCACUGAAAGUGGGGAUGAUGAAACUCCACUCCAGGUCAAACUAAAUAAAGUUGCAAAUAUUAUUGGAAACAUUGGUGUAUUUUUUUCCCUCUUGACUUUUGUUGUCCUCUCGCAAGGUUUAGUUGCCCAGAAAUACCUUGAUGGGCUUCUUUUAAGCUGGUCUGGAGAUGAUGUGCUCGAGAUAUUGCAACAUUUUUCCGUUGCAGUUACAAUCAUUGUUGUUGCUGUUCCUGAGGGAUUGCCUUUAGCAGUCACAUUGAGCCUUGCAUUUGCAAUGAAGAAGAUGAUGAAGGAGAAGGCAUUGGUCCGACAAUUAGCUGCCUGUGAAACUAUGGGCUCAGCCACGAUCAUUUGCAGUGACAAGACCGGAACACUAACAACCAAUCGCAUGUCUGUUGUCAAGGCCUGCGUAUGCGGGAACACCAUGCAAGUGAACAGUCCACCGGCACCUUCUAAUUUUUCUUCCAAACUCCCAGAAGCUGCUUUGGAAAUUCUUCUGGAAUCUAUUUUCAACAACACUGCAGGUGAAGUGGUGAUUAACCAAGAUGGGCACCGUCAAAUACUAGGGACCCCUACUGAGGUGGCUUUGUUGGACUUUGCAUUGUUAAUAGGUGGAGGCAUUAAAGAAAAGCGGCAGCAAACCAAGGUUGUUAAGGUGGAGCCUUUUAAUUCAACAAAAAAGAGGAUGAGCACCAUUCUUGAGCUUCCUGGAGGAGGAUACCGUGCACAUUGUAAAGGUGCUUCAGAAGUAGUCUUGGCUGCCUGUGAUAAAUUUAUAGAUGCAAGAGGUAGUAUUGUUGCCCUCGAUAACACAACUACAAACAAACUCAAUGGUAUCAUUGAAACCUUUUCUAAAGAAGCACUUAGGACACUCUGCCUAGCUUAUCGGGAAAUGGAUGAUGGCUUUUCCAUUGAUGAGCCAAUACCGCUACAAGGAUACACAUGCAUUGGUAUUGUUGGUAUCAAAGAUCCUGUACGUCCAGGCGUCAGGCAGUCUGUGGCAACUUGCCGGUCUGCUGGCAUUGAGGUUCGAAUGAUUACAGGUGACAACAUAAAUACAGCGAAGGCAAUUGCCCGUGAAUGUGGUAUACUUACUGAGGAUGGUCUCGCCAUUGAAGGUGCUGAGUUUAGAGAGAAAAAUCAUAAAGAACUCAUUGAGUUCAUUCCAAAGAUGCAGGUACUGGCCCGAUCUUCACCACUUGACAAACAUGCACUUGUGAAACACUUGCGCACCACAUUUAAUGAGGUUGUUGCCGUGACUGGUGAUGGUACAAAUGACGCACCAGCACUACGUGAGGCAGAUAUUGGACUUGCCAUGGGGAUUGCAGGGACUGAGGUGGCAAAAGAGAGCGCCGAUGUUGUAAUUCUGGAUGACAACUUCUCCACCAUAGUAACGGUUGCAAAAUGGGGACGCUCUGUUUAUGUCAACAUCCAAAAGUUUGUGCAGUUUCAGCUGACUGUUAAUGUUGUCGCGUUGCUAGUUAACUUCUCUUCUGCGUGCUUUACAGGAGAUGCUCCACUGACAGCUGUUCAGCUUCUUUGGGUCAACAUGAUUAUGGAUACCCUAGGAGCACUUGCGCUUGCCACUGAACCACCUGAUGAUAACUUAAUGAAGAAAGCACCAGUUGGAAGGAGAGGGAAAUUCAUCACAAAAGUAAUGUGGAGGAAUAUUUUGGGUCAGUCAAUAUUCCAAUUUGCGGUCAUGUGGUAUCUACAAACUCAAGGGAAGUACUUGUUUGGGCUUGAAGGCUCUGACGCUGAUACUGUCCUCAAUACAAUUAUAUUCAACACUUUUGUCUUCUGCCAGGUGUUCAAUGAGCUAAGCUCGAGGGACAUGGAGGAGAUCAACGUUCUCAAGGGCCUUCCGGAUAACUCCAUUUUCAUGGGCAUCCUUGCUGGCACCGUCAUCUUCCAGUUCAUCAUUGUCCAGUUCCUAGGAGAUUUUGCCGACACCACGCCUCUCACCCAGCUCCAGUGGCUCGUCAGCAUUCUCUUUGGCCUUCUUGGGAUGCCUAUUGCUGCUGCCAUCAAACUGAUUCCCGUGGAACCGCAUGAAGAAGGCAAUUGACAUAGAACAUCGUAGAUCAUAGUCCUGAAGACGAAGUGCAAUAAUUCAGGUUCGCCAAAUCCCAAAUGUGGUAAGCUCAUCCGCACUCCCAAUAUAUAUUCUUCCCUGAGCUGAUGCAUGAGAACAGCGGCACUGACCCGAGGUUGACAGCGAAUUGCAAAGAAACAUUUGGAUUGGGUGCAACAGAUUAUGUGUUCCUUUCGGUUUUCCUCCACCAGGAUCAACAGCCAACCAUGGAACUUAUCGGCUGGUUACCAACAUGUAUAUUUAACUGUACAAUUAUUUCCCCCUUUAAAAUAGUGUAGGUUAUAAUAACAGGGGAUUGUACAUACGUUCUACCCUGUGUCAAUUGUAAGUCGACUGUACACUGAAUGGAAUAACGGUUAUAUCA